AGGCGGACUUGGCACGAUUCACACUUUUUGAUGUAUUUUCCACCACUUGGAGUGCUGUUUAAAUAUUAUAACCUUGAGUUGUUGCACUUUGGUUACUCUACCCGACACUAAGCAAGCAUGAUUUCAGCUCCGGUACACCCUUUCUGUAGCUCCCUGCUAGUUAGUUAGCUCCGUGUAGCCGCUAAUGCGAGAGGACGGCGACUCAGGAAUGCCUCGGCGGAAGAAAAACGGCCAGAGCCCGGCCAGAGUCCCCGGCGGCGGGCCGCUCGAGGGGGGGAGCCUCGGCCGACUACCUCCUGGAUUUGACGGUGCCAUGGCGAACAACUUCUCAUCCAGCACCUCGCUCUCCAGCUCUGACAAGGAAAAUAUCGUCCGAAACAUGCAGGAGAUGUUCUCACACCUGGACCCCGAAGUUAUAUACAUCGUGCUGUCCGAGUGUGAUUUUAAAGUUGAAAAUGCAAUGGACUCUCUCUUGGAGCUGUCUGUGGCUGCUGAAGUUGCAGCCCCUAUGCCUUCUCAUGUUUCUGGCUUUGAGCUCACUGCCGCAGCCCUGCUUAGACCGUGCCACUUUUCUGAACCUAGACCUGACUCCUCCAAACCACCUCAGCAACCAUACUCUCCUCCCUCCACCAACCUCCUGACAGAAGAGCUGGACCUGCUAGUCGAUCAGGAGCUAGAGACACUAACUGCACAACAAUGCGUUAAGGAAGAACAGCACAGCAGCCCGUAUUUAUCUAUUGGUAUGUCCCUUUCCUCUUUUCCUCCACCACCAUUCCCACAGCAGGUCCUUCCUGAGCUGCUUCAGUCCAGCAUGCAGCCUCAAUCUAGAGGGUCCUCUGGAAGUGGCCCAGUGGAGCAUAUUUCUGGAGCCUCAUCUCCACUUGAUCAGCUUAGCAUUUGGGAAGAUGAAAUGGUCGAGAAGCAGCAGUCGAGGGUGGAGUUUACACAUCUGAUGACAGACAAGACAAAAUCUCCUCUGGACCUGGCAGCUUCAGGUCGUCCCUCGGCUUUCCAGGUGUAUAAAAAGCAAGACCCAUUACACACUUUAUCAGACAGGGCCGGGGUCCUGUCCUCUAAAGCAAUAGUUGGAGGAGCAAGAUCUAAGGUGAACAUGUUGAAUCAGGAACCACUUGGCUACAUACCUUUGCCCUGGAACCCACAGGCACCAGUGUUUUCUCCCCGUGUCCAUGGAAACCAGGGGCCAGCCUUCAUUACCCCCGUGGCUCCUAACUGGCCCAGGCAGCACAGGCAUACCUCUCCCUGGCUGAGUCAGGGUCAGGUGGGCCAGGCGCCUCUCAGACCUUCUGCUACUAUCCCAAAGUCCUGGGCCCUUUCUGCUGGGCCACAUCUCCCUACCCAGUACAGCAGGCUACGCUUGGAAGGGAGGGUCCUUGUGCUGCUACGUGGGCCUCCAGGAUCUGGCAAGUCCACCUUGGCAAGAGCCUUGUUAGAGCACAACCGAGGUGGAGUUAUACUGAGCACUGACAAUUAUUUCACCCGCACCGGAGAAUAUCAGUUUGACCCCAAUGCUCUGGGGGAGGCCCAUGAGUGGAACCAUAAACAAGCCAAGGAGGCGUUUGAAAGGGGAGCUAACCCUAUCAUCAUUGACAAUACCAACAUGCAGGGCUGGGAGAUGAAACCUUAUGUGGCUCAGGCACUGAAAAAUGGAUAUAGGGUGCUGUUCCGAGAGCCAGACACUUGGUGGAAGAACAAGCCCAGAGAGCUUGAGAGACGUACCAAACAUGAUGUGCCAUUGGAAAAAAUCCGACGUAUGCUUAAUUCCUAUGAGCGCUACGUCACAAUCCAGUCCAUCAUGGGCUCACAGAUGCCUGAGGUGAAACAGCGGCUCGUACUGGAAAACAGAAGCCCAAAGCUAGUGUCUUCUGGAACACCUUGUCCUGACCUUGUGGGGCAGCCUGGAUUGACCGAGGGAUGUAAGCCUCAGCUGUUUUCAUCUUUCCCUGACGUAUCAUCUGUUGGUCGCUCUGGGGAGGUGGGCAUGCUGGAAGAUGGCACCAACAAAUCUACGGAGUCUCUAAAUUUACAACAUACAGAAAGAUUUAGGGAACACCCUGAAAACUCUGACGAGGAUGAAAAUAUGGAUUUGAGUGAAUUAGAUUCUGAGUUGGACGCCCAGUUAGAUUCAUAUCGUCCAAUAGGAGAUCAGAGAAUCCCUGACUGUAUUGUUGAAUCAGUGAUGAGCGAAGAUCAUCGUGGGGAUGAAAGGCCUGUGGCUUUUUCUGAGUCUAUUGCACAAAGAGUGAGGAGAGAAAGACCAAGCAGGAGGUCUGGUUUUGACAGUUUAGAGCCUGCUGAUCUGGUGAAAGAUACGAACCAGUCAGACAGCGAGGAAAAAGAGAAGGAAAAAACAAAGGAAGCAGAAGGGAUUGAAAUAGUAAGGGAUGGGAGAGAAGGGAAGGGAAUGCCUACCAUGGAUUUUGUAGGAGAUUGGCCUUCUGAAGGGUCCCUGGAGCAAAGACAGGUGAGAAGAAGUGAAAGACAUGAAGAAACAAAUGGGAAGGAAGGAGUGUCUCAAGAAGCUCAGAAAAAUAAAACAAAAGUGCAGCCAGGAUCAAAUGUGACAGAGUUUCAGAAGCUUCUUGAUCUUAUUCAGACGGGAGUAGCUGACAUUCAGAACGACUCUUCCUGUUCGUCCUCCCUUUCCCCAACCUCUAGAGAGGAAUUGGAGAAAGCAGAGGAGCCAGCUGGCAGAUUUGGGGACUCCCAUGACAGUAUAUCCAACAGAGAGGAGAGCCAACAAGCCAUGACCCAGGAUAACUGCAACAGAGCUGAAUUACCUGACUGUGUGUUAGACUGGAAGGCAGCUGACUCUGCAAAGGUCAAGGACUCGAGAAUAGAUCAUUGGGAGGGGCAAAAAACUGAAAAUGAAGCUAGUAGAACAACAGGAGGGAAUGUGUUAGAGAUGGGCAGGGAAACAGGCUCUGUAGAUGUGAUAUCAACUAACCCAAUCAAUCCCCACUUAGCUCUAACUGAUAGUUUAGUAGAAAGCUCCAACACUGUGGAGGUAAGUGAUGGGGAAGCAAGCCACAAUAUUGAAUGUGAGGUUGGCAAAGAGCCUGAGACAAGUGUUGAGGCCGAUAGGAGUAUUGUUAGUGAUGCGUGUCAGAGUCCUGUCUGUGAAGGCUCUUUAGAGGGUGAGAGCAGUUCAUUCAGUGGUGGCAGUCAGGAGAGGAGGCAGCGCCUGGGUCGUAGAUCAGGGAAACAGUGCAAACUAGCCCUCACCUUCACUCAAAACUGCCCCGCUUCUUCAAUGAACACUCUUGAAUGUCCCGAUACCUCAACACAAGGUAUUAACAGCACAAAGGAAAAUAUUAACACAGAUGUUGAACCCGACUUUAGCCUCUCCACCGAGUCCAAUUCUGAGGCACAGCUUCAGCCUCCUUCCCCUCUUUCUCUGGUAGACGGAGGCAGCCACACCCAAACUGAACCUCAAGACUUUGCCCUCCUAUGGCGCCUCCACCAUCAAAACAGCAGUGAUGACGUAGUCGUCACUGAGGACAUCAAAGUCCUGUCUGGAGACUCCUUUCGCUUUGUACCAGAGCUGUCCUCCACCGUCUCUGCAGCUGUCGCAGUUCACCCCUCCGGCCAGAGAGAGGUGCCCUACCAUGUGGUGCAUGAGAAAGGCACACAGGUGGAGGAGAAGGAUAUCGGGUCAACUCAAGACCAGCUGGAGAGCCUGCGCAUCCUCAGCCGCCAUUUCAAACUGGUGAGUUUUGAUACGUUAGAAGAUCUGUAUGACAAAUGCCAUCAGGAUUUGGAAUGGACGACCAACCUGCUGCUAGACUCCGGAGAGAGGUUCUUCAGAGAGGACGAUGAUGGGAGAGAGGAGGAGGAUGGGGGUGGGGAUGAAGAUAAGCAGAACACAUACAGUCUGUGUCGAGUUUUGGACAAACCUGUAGGAAACAGCUUAUGUCCUGACGUUUUGGACGAGCAUCAUCCUGAAGGUCAGCCAAAGGGAGAGCUGCAUGGUGAGGAGGCGACUCAGCAUUCAACCGGUGACACAGUUAGAGAAUCAGAUAAGAGCAACAAUAAUACCGAUGUGCUGAGUUUAGGAGGUGCCGCUGUUCAACUUAAAAACAAAGAGCAUACUGAUACAACCUCACACUUAGAAGGAUCUGUUCAAACAGAUCCUGGUGUCACUGAACACAAAGUUGCCUCCGAAGCUGUUUUGGAAGGUGGCGCUUUGGGUCAAAGCUCAGGAGAUGAAGUAAUAAUUGAAGAGUCAAGAGUUGAGAUUGAGGAAGAGAUUGCCAGCAUAAACGAGGUUCACCGGCUGCUGCAGGCUGAGUUAGAGGAGAUCGAGAGGGAGCAAAACCAGAAGGAAGAAGUGCGGAGUGAAAGGAAGAUCUUGGAGGAGAGGAGGAGCAGCCACCUGGACAUCCAGAGUGUGGAGCUGAAACUACCCACGGAGCUGGCUCUGCAGCUCACUGAACUGUUUGGCCCUGUAGGAGUAGACCCAGGGUCAUGCUCCACUGAUGAUUACGCAGUGAAAAUGGACCUGAACCUGGCUAAACUGCUCCACCAGAAGUGGAAGGAAACCAUACAGGAAAGCCAGAGACAUGCAGCUCUUUCAUUUCAUCUGCUUCAGGAAAGUUCAGCACACUGGGGAGAGUCACAGGUGUCCAGAUCUGGAUCUCGAGAGCGGUCACAGGCCGUACGUUUCCUGAUUAGUGCGGAUGGUUACGAGUCACUGGACAGCCAACCAGAGGCCGGCGCUCAGAUGCCAUUAAUGGACCACUGGAACGUGUCCCGCCCACACGUGUUUCUUAGAGAUAUUAUUAAAGAGGAGCAGGCUUUGCAGGAGAACGUGAAGAAGACAAGACAAAGCCGCGCAGACCUGGACCGGCGUGAUGGAGCCGCCAUGUUGAAAGAAAACCAGCUGUUCUCCCUCUUCCCCACCAUUGACAGACAUUUCCUCCAGGACAUCUUCAGAGACCACAAUUACAGCCUGGCCCAGACGGAGCUGUUUCUUCGCUCUCUACUGGAUGAAGAGCCGGUAAAGACAGUAGUGGCCCCAGAGGCUCCUCGGCCCGACCACCUCAGAGCAGCCAGCAAGGAGCGGGAGAAGAGACAGAAGCCCCCGGAGUCAACCGCACUCGACUAUCAGGAUACGGAGGACCCGGAGUACGAGGACUUCAGGGCCGAGGCCUGCCAACAAAGGGAGCGACAGCUCGAGUGUUUCUCCAAGGCUGCUGAGGCCUUCAAGCAAGGCAGGAAAGAAGUGGCUGCAUUUUACGCACAACAGGGACACCUGCAUGGCCAGCGGAUGCGUGAGGCCAAUCACAGAGCAGCAGUUCAGAUUUUUGAGAGGGUGAACUCAUCGCUGCUGCCCAGCAACAUCCUGGACCUCCACGGACUGCAUGUUGAUGAGGCCCUGCAGCAUCUGGCCCAAGUUUUACAGGACAAAACCACAGACUGUGAGCAGGGUCUGUGUCGACCUCAGCUCUCUGUCAUCACAGGAAGAGGGAACCACAGUCAGGGGGGUGUGGCCCGCAUCCGCCCUGCCGUUAUAGACUACCUCACUAACAAAAGCUACAGGUUCACUGAGCCAAAGCCAGGUCUCGUGUUGGUCUCUUUGAAGUGAGAAGAACGGGGUCUAUUGGAUUCAAGCUUAAGCUGCUGUAGAGGACAACACGCACACACACACGCACACCACACACACACACACACACACACACACACACACACUACAACGCCUCAUGUACAAUUACUAUAGUUUGGAGAGUAUGAUGCACUCAAUUAGUUUUGGUACGUUUUUUGUCUCGCUCUCUCUCUAUUUUUUAUAAGUCGUCUUAAUUUUGGGGACAUAUAGGUGAAUUUGGGUUUAAACUAUAAACUUGAUUCAGAUAUUAAAAGAUCUGAUCUUAAAAACUAGAAAUAGUUUCACUUUUGUUAGAAUAAUUUGAAACACAAAUAUGGUAUUUUUUAAUGCAAUUAAUGUACAUUUAAAAUACAAAUGUUUUAUAGUGUUUCAGAAUUUAUUUUGUUUAUCUUUAAGCCUUUUUAAGAUCAUUUUAAAACCGAAAUCCAUUUGUUUUGAAGGCUUGAUGUUGAAUAAGGUGUUAUUUAAUCAUUAAUCUGCAGACUAAUCUCUUUGAGACGUAUUAUGAGGAUUUUAUCGUGAUUGCAUGCUGUCAACUUGGAGGUUGCUCUCUAGGAAUUUAAGUAUUAUGGCAUCCUUUUUGAGGCACUAAAAAGCAUGCAUUUAAUUCUACAUUAAUUGCACCCGAUCUAUCUAGAUGCUAAGGAGAAGGUUUUAGUGUUACACAGCCAGUUGUUAAAUAGUCUCAACAUCCUCAUUUCAGAGUUCUGUUGAACAUAAAACUGCAACUGUUCAUUUUCUUAAGGCCAAGCUAAGCUUAGCUGCUAAUAUGUUGAGACUCAACUCAGGAAAAGAUACAUCGUUAGGUUUUCUCUUUUCGAGGCCAAUUGACUUACCAGCCCUUUCACGGUAGCUACUUUUAAAAAAAGCGUGCCAAAUUUUUAUCGCUGUUGUAUUCCUCAGGUUUCUUCUCUAUUUUUGUAGAUUUAAAAUAUAUCCUCUGUUUUUCUAUCCAUGUGAUAUUUUUCAUAUUGGUUGAACAACAAUGUUGAAACAUUUUACGGACUGUACAUAAUGUUGUGGAAUGUAUUAUACAGAGAAAUGUGUAUUUUUAUAUUCAUUUGUUCAGAUAGGUUUACAGAGAGUAUUGUAUUGUGAAAUAAAAUCAUAUUUGUUUACA